AUGGCGGCCAAUUCUCCUCGCAAUGCGCAAACGACCAGCGCAAUGGGUCCUCCUGUGCAUCCUGCUAUUAAGAAUUCCGCAAUUAAGCAGUUGGGCAUCAUGAGCUUAAUGUCGCCUCCCGAUCCACCGCUGGAUACCUUUCUUCACAGCCAUCGCCAAUACGAUUCUGCGAAGCCUACCUUCUCAAGCAACGACUCCGAAAGGCACUCUAUGCCAAUGUCUCCCCCAAUUUCACCUUACAACAAGCCGAUGUCAACCACCGAGCUACCAAUUACGCACUCUACUCCGAUCAAGGAUCCUGUUCUCUAUCCUACCGAUGAGAUUACUUCUAGCCCGGCACAGACACCUCUGUUCGCUCCUGCUGAAGAUGAGGAUCACAAUCGCAUCAUUGACGACCAUCUUCGUGCUCGUUUAAACACAGCCUUCGCUACGACUCCUCCUCCGAAACGCAUAGACUAUGCGCUCAUGCUUUCGUUCAAAUCGCAAGUUGUAAAGCGCUAUGAGGCUAACCCCCGAGGAUGGCUCCGUCAGGAACGGGCCCAGCUUGAGGCAGACCGAAGAGCCCACGGCAAGAAGUUCCACAGCAUCUUGCCUGCUAAAUCCGUCAAGACACCUCGGCCUCGCGGCGAUCGGGUCCAGAAGCCCCAAUCCACCCCGCGACCGAUCCGUACCCACCCUGCCGCCAGUAUCGGCCCCAUGAUGCGACCGGCUCCUCGUGUUAGUGCCACUCCCGAGCCAUCUCGUCGUGUUGUUACAAACCGCGAGGACAAAGAUUUCAAUUCGCUGCCUGACUACUGUCCCCCACUGGAUUCGCUUCCCGACAAGCCCAACAGCCUUAAGGUUGAUUGGAAAGGACAGCCGGUCGACCUCAGCCGGGACCCUCAGGUGGGACUUCUUCACCCCGACGAAGUGGCACUAGCCAGCAAUCUACGACUGGACUGCGCAACCUAUUUGACAAGCAAGAGGCGCAUCUUUGAUCAAAGAGUCGUGUGCUUGCGCAAGAAUAAGGCAUUCCGCAAGACGGACGCCCAGCAGGCUUGCAAGAUCGAUGUCAACAAGGCCUCCAAGCUGUGGACUGCUUUUGAGAAGGUUGGCUGGCUUCAAGACAAAUGGGUGCGACAGUAUCUGUAA